UAAUUACCUGUAGGUGGUUUCAUGUUAAUCUGGUUUUUGGCUUUUAUGGUAAAUGACCCAUGUUAGACAACACGAGAAUUUCGUUCCCUUUUUUUUUUCUUUGAAAUUUAGCACAAGUUGUUUGGAAAUUCAUUUCAUGACUUCUUCCAACAAACCGGAAAAACAGUGGAUACUUGGUGGAAUGCCUAUGACCAAAACUAUGUGAAAUAUUAGGAUACAUUUCUAAAAUUUUGUAGCACUAUAGUACUCCCAAUAUUUGUGGAAUAAAACUUUCAGGCUUCAUAGUGGAAUCAUUGGAAAUGAUGUAAUAAUGGUUGAUACAAGGAAGAAGGAUUUUUAUUUUUUUUGAAUGACAAUAAUGGCAUUCUUCUACAAAGGCUAACUUUUUAGGUUAUAUAUUUCAUAGGUAAUUAUUUCAAGGGAAGUGAAAAAUAAAGAGAGGCAAGUUAUUGUUUCAUUUGACCAUUAGUAAAGCAUAAGAUGAAACAUUAAGAGAGUUAAACUGAUGACUACUUAGAAAGGUUAGCAUCCAAGAUAUUUAUAGAUAGCAUGAUAAAAAUGCUGGAAGAAAUAAUGUCUAGUCUAAGGAGGGAAGAGAAGGUAAAGGAAGGAGAACGGAGAAGGAAAUGACGGCACUAAUCCUAACAUGGCAAAUGUAACUCUUGCCUUAUAUAAAUUUCUAAGGAUCAAACCCAAGCUUGCAACCAAUACUUUAUUUUUUGGGGGCAGCGAAUGGGGAAGCUAGAGUUCCAACUAGAGGCUCAAGGAGGAAGGAGGGAAGUAUGGGGAAGUAAGGUGGGGAGGGUGGCACUUUGGUGAAGGUGUUAUCCUCAACCUCAAGGGCCAUCAGGCAAGGACAACAGAUUGUGGAGAUGAUUACUGGAGAGUUUUAAAUGAGGGAAAGGUCAUGACAUCAUAUGUGGAGAUGGUGAGGAGGCCAGUUUUAAAUGAGGGGAGGGUGUUCAAUUGCAAAUUCAUCAGUAAUGGAGCCUCCAACAUUAUAAUUUGGAGUGGAGGCUAAGAUGGCCCAAAGGCCAGAUUCUCUAGAUGGGGAUGGCACGGGAACAGGAGGGAGGGGGUUGCCUAUCUUCUUUGUGGUGGAGAGGUCAUAAGAGAGUAGUGAAGGACAGAGGAAGAUUGACUAAAACCGGUCUAGAUCGAGCAUAUUAGGACCUGAUAGCUCGAGCAUCCCAUGUCAAAGUCUCGGUGUUAGUUGGUGAGAGAGAGAUGACAAAUGACAAUAACGAAGACAACAGAUAAUAGUAGCAGAGGUGCACAUGGUCGAUGGGGUUUUCCUUUUCUUCUUUUAGUAAUUUCUAAUCCAUCCUUCUCAUCAUUCCCUUUUCUUCAUCUUUUUCCUCUCUUGCAUAGUGGUUGUAAUGAUAAUUCAUUGUAGUGACUUGUAUUUUCUAGUCCCAGACAAGCUAUAUUAUAUUAACAAGGCACUGAUACAGUAUUGAGCAGGGUUUUCUGUACCAUAUCGAACCGACCGGUACACCCCGUAUCGUACCGGACCGGCAGGGAUCUGGUACGGUUCGAUCGAUAAAUUCGAUACACUGGCGGUACUAGGAGAAAAAGAAAGGGAAAGUAAGAAAGAGAGAGAAAGGAGGAGAGAGAGGGAGGCACGAGUCGUCGGAGGUCGGCGGUGGCCCGCUGCGGCCGUCGGAGGGCUUCCGAGCCCCGUAUCGCCCGAUAAGGCUUUCAAGAGAGCGAAAGAGAGAGAGUGAGUGCUCAGAGGGGAGGGGACCUACCGGACGGACGUCGUCUCCACCGUAAGGCCCUUGGUGGCCGGCGAGCCCACGCCGACGGGCCUGAGGGCGGUUGAGCGGGAGAAGGGCCUUCGCGGCUCUGUCGGUCCGCCUCCUUUUAAACAAAAUAGGGCCUAUGGGUUUUUUUUUUGUUUUAAAGACGUGAAGUUGGCAACCAAGUUGCAGACUUCAUGAUUUUUUUUAAAAAAAAUUAGUGAAGUCGGUGCCCGCGUGGAUUGCGCCAUCGGACGGCCACAGCGGCCAGCCGGACGCCGUCCGGCGGCCCUAACCCCUCCUUCUCCUCCUUUUUUUUUCCCUCCCUCUCUCUCCCUCUGUUUCUCUCUUUUUCUUCUCCUAGUUCAGCUCCCGUUUCCUUCAUCGGUUCGCCUCAGUUCAGCCUGGUAUGAAACCGUACCAUUGGCCGAUCGAUACGGCUGGCGAUACCGGUUCAGCAAAUCUUGGUAUUGAGGUUCGAUAUAAUGAUAUGGCUGAACUGGUCUAUACUGGGUGGGAUCAAUUGAUUCCGCUUGGUUUCAUGUCAUAUGCAUAUGUGGUCCUCUAACCUUCAUUGCACUACAUAUAUGCAGUGUUGUAUGUGGUCAUACUGCAUAUGGAUCAAAAAGGUGACCCACUUAACAUCUCGUAGGCGCAUAUACGGCCUAUUUAGUAAUGUAUGGAUGCAUACCCGAGCUUGCUUAGUAUUUUGGAGCUACAUAUAUAGCCCACUCUUAUGCAUGUAAGUGGAGCAGUUUAAGGUUGAUAGUUAGGUUUGAUAUGAAUUCCAAGAGACCUGAUAUGGAUAUUAAUAGUGCUAAAAUUUUGAUUAUGUUAUAGUUAUUUCUAUUGGAUAUUAGGUAGUAAGAUAUAUAUAGUAAUAAAUUUAAAUAGUUAUAAAUAAUAAUCACAUAUAUACAUGCAUAUGCAGCCUGCAUACUGCAUAUUCAUUACGUCCUUUAACUGCCAGCAUAUGGAUAGCUAUUUUUUAGAAUGACUGGUUCGGGCUGUAUCAUGGUUGGAUGUGAGAAAAGGGUCUCCUGACCUUGUAUCUGUUGGGCAAAUGUAAUAGUCCAUAUUAGGCCUAUCAUACCAUAUCAAUAAGUUACUAGCAUGAUUCGCGGUGCUAGUACAACAGCCCAUGAUUGCAACUACCAUGACUAUAUGGGUGGUGGUUAUCCUUGGUAUUAUUGAGUGCAGUAAUGAUGGUUAUUGCAGCAGGUAUCAUUGGCAGUUGUUGCUAACAAAGGAUAGGGGGCAAAAACUAAAGGAGAAGAGGUUGAAAAAUGAAGAGGAAUUAGUAGAGGGGACUUAUUCAUAGGAUUUUCCUCCAAACUUUUAUUUAUUUUUUUCUUUUAAUCAUCUUCAGCACUUUGGCCAUUAAGUGUCUGCAUAGUGCCUAGUACAAGAUUGAAUCCAAGUGUUUUUACACUUCAAGCAAGGUACAGCAGUUUUUCUUCUAUUUUGUGUUACAACAUGACUUAUUUUUUCUGGUGAGACAACUUGAAACCAUAUUGGAAUUCAUGUAUAUAUGUUCACAUGUAUGCUUGUAUGCAAGAAAAUAUAACUAUAUAUGCAUACAUUUAUCUUUGUGUAUGUGUGCAUGUGUAUAUAUGUUAUGUGCCUGUAUUUCUAUAGAGACAAACAGACAUCUCAAGUCUAGGAUGCAUUACGUAGUAGUAGCUGAAACAAGGAAGAUGUGUGGAGAUGGUUCCAACCGGUUCAGCAUAUGCUAUAGAAGUAGGAGGUUAGUAAGGACAGGACCUUGGACUUUAAGUUGAAGAGUACGUGAAGCUAUCUGUAUAACCAUCAACGUGAAUGUUGUGAAAGGUGUUAAAACAUGCUAGCUACAUUCAGAGGGCAUAGCGUUGAAUAUAUAGAUUUCAUUAUUUGAAUCUGGAAUGGAUCUUUAGUAUUGUUUACAAUUUUUCUUAGAAAUGGAAUCUGAGACCAAAGUCCUUUCAAAUUUGUAUGCACCGUUAGCUGACCGAACUGAUCAAAUGUAACCAAUUUCUUUCAAAAAUAAUGCAUUUGAUACCCCAGUAAGAACCUGAGAUUGAAAGGCUAACCAAAGCAGCACGCCUGGUGAAAAUGGAAUGAAAUCCAGUGAAGGCUUGCAGACCUGAAGGAAACUAGCUACCUAUGUGAAGGAGACUCAAGGAUUGAUGCUUCCAUGCAGCUCUAAAUUUUCACUUGUAUUUGGCAUUAGCUACAUUUUGCCAUGCUUUCGAAGAUGUUCUAUAAUUCCGUUCUUUAUUAUUAUCAUCAUUAUUUUCCAGAAACAGGCAAAGCAGCACCUGCUAGUGGGAAGAAAGGGAACGGUGAAAUUAACAGUAAGAAAGAAAAAGGUUUUGCUAUCACAAUAUUGAAGAAGAGAAAAAAGUUUCUUGGGGCGAUCAAGCAGUACCUAUGCUUAUCAUUGUUGAAGAAUAGCGCUUUAUCUGUGAUGAGUAUCUUUCAGCUUCUCUGUUCGAUUUUCUUGGGCUUGUUAAGGUUUAGAUCUGGGCUGAAAGAGGAAAUUGGAAUUUUCUUUCCUAUGCUUGUCCUGCGCAUUCUUGAAAAUGUGCUUCAGCCUAGUUUCUUGCAAAAAAUGACAGUCCUUAACUUGUUGGAGAAGAUCUGUCAGGACCCACAGAUUAUUAUUGAUAUUUUUGUGAACUAUGAUUGUGACGUAGAUGCACCAAACAUUUUUGAGAGGAUUGUCAAUGGUCUUCUGAAGACUGCUCUAGGUGUGCCUCCAGGAUCUGUAACAACAUUGUCCCCAGCUCAGGAUAAUACAUUUCGCAUUGAGUCAGUCAAGUGCCUAGCUGGUAUCAUAACAUCAAUGGGUGCAUGGAUGGAUCAGCAAUUGAGAAUUGGAGAUUUUUCUCCAAGAAGUGCUGAAACUGAUUAUUCGAUAGAAAAUAGUAGCUCAUUCACUGGAGAAGAAGGAAAUGGAUUUGACUAUGAGCUGCAUUCUGAUACCAAUUCUGAAUUAUCAGAUGCUGUCACGUUGGAGCAACGGCGGGCUUAUAAAAUAGAAUUUCAGAAAGGUAUCUCACUAUUCAAUAGGAAACCUUCGAAAGGUAUUGAAUUUCUGAUUAAUACCAAGAAGAUAGGUGCUGCUCCAGAGGACGUAGCUUCAUUCCUGAAAAACACUACUGGGUUGAAUCAAACAAUUAUUGGUGACUAUUUGGGUGAAAGGGAGGAGUUCCCUUUGAAAGUUAUGCAUGCAUAUGUGGAUUCAUUUAAUUUUGAAGGUAUGGAUUUUGGUGAAGCCAUUAGGUUUUUCUUGCGGGGCUUCAGGUUGCCUGGUGAAGCACAGAAAAUUGAUCGCAUCAUGGAGAAGUUUGCAGAACGCUACUGCAAAUGCAACCCUAGUUCUUUUACCAGUGCAGAUACUGCAUACGUUCUUGCUUAUUCUGUGAUCUUGCUAAAUACGGAUGCACACAACAACAUGGUCAAAGACAAGAUGUCUAAAGCUGAUUUCAUUCGUAACAAUCGAGGAAUAGAUGAUGGAAAGGAUUUACCAGAAGGUUAUUUGGGUUCCUUGUAUGAUCAAAUACUGAAAAAUGAAAUAAAAAUGAAUGCUGACUCCUCAGCUCCACAGAACAAGCAGACAAGCAGUAUCAAUAAGCUUCUGGGCUUGGACAGUAUUUUCAGCUUGAUCAAUUGGAAGCAAUCAGAAGAAAAGGCUCUAGGUGCAAAUGACUUGCUCAUUAAGAAUAUCCAGGAGAAAUUUAAAGCAAAGAGUGGGAAGUCAGAGUCUGUGUUCUAUGCUGUCAGUGAUGCAGCUAUCCUGAGAUUUAUGAUGGAGGUUUGCUGGGCCCCUAUGAUGGCUGCUUUCAGUGUUACACUUGACCAAAGUGACGAUAAAGCUGCUACAUCUCAUUGCUUGCAGGGUUUCCGAUAUGCUGUGCAUGUCACCUCAGUCAUGUGUAUGCAGACGCAAAGAGAUGCUUUUGUUACAUCUGUAGCCAAAUUUACAUACCUUCACUCUGCUGCUGACAUGAAGCAAAAGAAUGUUGAUGCUGUGAAGGCUAUAAUAUCAAUAGCCAUUGAAGAUGGUAAUUAUUUACAAGAAUCAUGGGAGCAUGUAUUGAUGUGUCUUUCACGAUUUGAGCAUUUGCACCUGCUGGGAGAGGGUGCUCCUCUUGAUGCUUCAUUCUUUACAGGACCUCUUAUGGAGUCAGAGGAAAAGUCACAGAAGUCACCUGCCAUUCCACCCUCAAAAAGAAAAGGAAAUGCCCUUCAAAAUCCAGCUGUAAUGGCUGUUGUCCGAGGGGGUUCUUAUGAUAGUGCAUCAGUUGGAGCUAAUGCUUCAGUAUUGGUUACUCAAGAACAGAUUAAUAAUUUUAUUUCAAAUUUAAAUUUACUGGAUCAGAUUGGAAGUUUUGAGCUGAACCACAUAUUUACUCAUAGCCAGAGAUUGAAUGGUGACGCAAUAGUAGCUUUUGUAAAGGCACUUUGCAAGGUUUCUAUUGCAGAAUUGCAGUCUCCUACAAAUCCUCGUGUUUUCAGCCUUACAAAAAUUGUAGAAAUUGCGCAUUAUAAUAUGAACCGCAUCCGAUUGGUGUGGUCUCGCAUCUGGAGUGUUCUGUCUGACUUUUUUGUCUCAGUUGGGUUGUCUGAAAAUCUUUCAGUUGCAAUAUUUGUCAUGGAUUCAUUGCGACAGCUGGCUAUGAAGUUUCUGGAGAGAGAAGAAUUGGCAAAUUAUAACUUUCAGAAUGAAUUCUUGAGACCUUUUGUGGUUGUUAUGCAGAAAAGUAGUUCUUCAGAAAUCAGGGAACUAAUUGUUCGGUGUAUUUCCCAGAUGGUUUUGAGCCGUGUAAAUAAUGUAAAAUCUGGCUGGAAAAGUGUUUUUAUGGUUUUUACCACUGCUGCUGCCGAUGAACGUAAAAAUAUUGUUCUAUUAGCUUUUGAGACUAUGGAGAAAAUAGUUCGCGACUAUUUUCCCUAUAUAACUGAGACAGAGACCACAACAUUCACUGACUGUGUCAAGUGUCUCAUCACAUUCACACACAGCAGAUUCAAUAGCGAUGCCAGCCUUAAUGCUAUUGCAUUUCUUCGGUUCUGUGCUGUUAAACUUGCAGAAGGAGGAUUAGUCUGCUAUAACAAGAACACUGAGUACCAUCCAGAAAACAGAGAUUCUUCAGAUGGAAAUAACUUUUCUGAUAAAGAUGACCAUGUUUACUUUUGGGUUCCUUUGCUUGCUGGUUUAUCAAAAUUGACAUCUGAUCCGAGGCCUACAAUUAGAAAAGGUGCUUUAGAAGUACUCUUUGACAUUUUAAAGGACCAUGGACACCUCUUCUCGUGCACCUUUUGGAACAAUAUCUUCAAAUCUGUCAUUUAUCCUAUAUUUAGCCAUGCACGCAGCAUACCUGAUUGUCAGGUCUCUCCAAUGCGUAACUCUGAAGUCCUUGAGGAAGAUUCCUGGAGCUCAGAAACUGAUGCUGUGGCAGCACAGUGUUUAGUGGACUUAAUUGUUAAGUUUUUUGAUGAGGUGCGUCCACAACUAGCAAUGGUUGCAGCUAUUCUCACAAGUUUUGUGAAAAGUUCCUAUCCUCAAUCAGCUAGCAUAGGUGUGGCUACUUUACUGCAUUUGACAGGACACCUUGGAAGCAAACUCUCAGACACAGAGUGGAAGGGGAUUCUGUUGCAUUUAAAAGAAGCAGCUGCUCUAUUAUUGCCUGUAUUUUCAAGAAUUGUCAGAAUAAUGCAAAGUAUUGAAAUUCCAGAUAAAAUUCAAGCUUAUUCUGAUGCCGAACAGUAUUCAGAUCAUGAAUUUGUUAACGAUGAGGAGGAUGCUAACAUGGAGACUGCAUCUUAUGCAACUGUAAGACUGAAGAGUCACAUAGCUGUGCAGCUUAUGGUUGUACAGGCUGUUAUGAAGUUGUAUGAGGUACAUCAUAGAUGCUUCUCACCAGCCCAUAUUAAUAUUCUUUUGGAGAUACUUUCAUCAAUUUCAUCACAUGCAAGUGAAGUGAAUUCAGAAACUGCCCUGCAGCUGAAAUUGCAGAAAGCAUGUUCCCUCCUGGAGAUUUCUGAACCCCCAGUGGUUCACUUUGAGAAUGAAUCUUACCAGAACUACCUAAAGUUCCUGCAAACUCUACUACAUGACAAGUCAUCUCUGUCAGAAGAAUUGCACGUAGUUUCGCAAAUAGUGGCAGUUUGUCAGAAAAUAUUACAGAUAUACUUAAAUUGUGCUGGAUACCAACCGAAGCACCAGAAUCCAAGCAAUGGUCUGACUUUACACUGGAUACUUCCUUUAGGUUCAGCCAAGAAAGAGGAGUUGGCUGCUAGGACUAACUUGGUUGUGUUGGCUCUGCGGGUGUUGAGCAGCCUGGAGAGAAAUUCAUUCAAAAGAAACUUGCAAAGCUUUUUCCCUUUAUUAGUUAAUCUUAUUCGUUGUGAACAUGGCUCUGGAGAAGUGCAGCAAGUGCUAUCAGAUAUAUUUCAGUCAUCAAUAGGGCCGUUAAUAUUGACUUUAUGAUAAUUCAUGCUAAUGUAUAUUUCAUUCUUUUCCCUAUUUUAGUAUUGUUUUUUGACGCCCUGCUGGUUAAGAUAUCCAUGAUCUAUUCUUGUUAUUGUAGAUUAUGCUGAGGUUUAGCAUCAAUAUUCAGAAACUAAGGGAGUAGCCUAUCUCAGAUUCUAGUUGGAAUUGGCUGUCUUUUUUUAUAUAUGUAAUCUUGCUGGGAGAUUGAACUUAUCUUUCAAUUGGCUGCAGUUUCUAAACUUGCAUUCAGGGCCUGCCUGAGCAUAAAUUAACUGGUGGUGGUCAAUUGGGAGUUUUAUCCAUA